CAGUGCAUUCAUUCAUCACCCCUUGACAUCUUUUGUGUAUAUCUUAUUCUGUCCUUUCUCCCUUAUCUUUCCCUCUCUUUCUCGGAUCACAAAAUGGCAACGGAAAGUGCAACAAUGGCGUCGUCGUCUUCCAUUCCCAACAACGACCUCUUCAACUACAUUGUCAUCUACGACACCAUCUCCGCCGCUCCUUGCACCACCGCCGCCGCCGCCCCACAAUACGACUACUCCUUCUUCUGUCCUCCUCCACAGCCACCUCCAACAGCACAACCAUCACCUCCGCCGCCUGCAAAACCAGCACGUGGCUGCGGCGGCGGGAGGACAAGUAGUGGCGGCGGAAGCAAGAAGAGGAGGAGGAAGGCGAGGGUUUGCAAGAACAAAGAGGAAGCCGAGACGCAGAGGAUGACCCACAUCGCCGUCGAGAGGAACCGCCGGAAGCUGAUGAACGAACACCUCGCGCUCCUCCGAUCCCUCAUGCCUCCUUCCUACGUCCAAAGGGGAGACCAAGCAUCCAUUGUGGCCGGAGCAAUCGAGUUCGUGAAAGAGCUGGAACACUCCCUCAACACCCUCCAAGCUCAAAAACUCCAACUCACGACCACAACAACAACAACGGAAAUCGCCACUCCAUUCGCCGACUUCUUCAACCACGGUAGUAGUACUGUUCACAACGAGAAUCUCCAGUCCCAUCACGGCCACAUGAUGAACAGGGCAACAAUCAGCUGUGCCUCUUCAUCGUCUAGCUACAAUGAGGAAACGAUGAACAGUAACAGCAGUACGAGUAGUAGUUACAACAGCAAUGGGAAUAUAGCUGACGUGGAGGUGACGCUGGUGGAGAGCCACGCGAACCUGCGGAUCCUGUGGAGGAAGGAGAUGAAGGCGCCAUUGCAGCUGUCGAAGCUGGUGUGUGGGUUUCACGCGCUGGGGCUGGCGGUGCUUCACUUCAGCCUGGCUACUGUUCACCCUUUUGCACUCUACUCCGUCAGUGCCAAGGUUGAAGAAGGAUGCCAGGUAAGCUCUGUAGAAGACAUAGCUGCAGCAGUCCAUCACAUGCUUACACUAAUAAUCGACCAAGAAGCUGAAACCCACCAGCAGCUUCCUUACACUAAUUCCCUUCUUCCCUUAAUCACCUUAUAAUUAGAUCACAUAGAACCUCUCUCUCUCUCUAGAUAUGCACUUUGUUCAUUCCUUCUGGAAUCUUUUCUGUGAGUCAUUUUGUAGUGUCACUAUCUGUGUUUUGUUCUGUACAUAUUUUUGGUUCCUGUAAGACUGUAGCAAAAGAGUUAGAUCCUCUAUCCAACAUGCAUUUCCACCUCUUCUUUCGAGUGGAUCUGUCGCACGUUAUGGUAUAUUUUGGGCCGCCGUGACAUUGGGCCGACUCGUUGGGUAGGAAGCUAGCAAAUUGGAUCCCAAAUAUUAAUUCUUCUUUUUUUGGAAUGGGUUGGGCCAGGUUUAGAAUGGGCCUCGUAACCACCGGGUAUGAAAAUUAUAUAACCAUAUCCUACCCACCGGGUAACCACGAGUAUUCGGGUAACCAUGGGUACGAAUGCUAAACUAUGAACUUAUACACAUAUAUGCACACGCAUAUUGUUGUCCACUAAAAAUUCUCAAUACUU